UCGCGCCGAAGCCCCGCCCCCCUGGGCGGGUGCUGGCCUCUGAUUGGUUGUUCUCCGCAGGCGGUGUUCACCUAUUGGCUGACGUCGAACGGCUUCAGCCUAUUGCAGACGGGGCUGCUGCGAGUUCCCGCCCUCCGCGCCAGGUUGGGCGUGGCCCCGCCCCCUUCGGCCAAGGCCACGCCCACUCCCGCUCAAGCCACGCCCCCUUUUGGCCAGGCCACGCCCACCCCGGCCCAGGCCACGCCCCCCGGCCACGCCCCCCCAGCCAAGCCCGGGAUCCUGCAGCAGCUGAGGAAAGAGUGGCGCGAGGCCCAGGCCACGCACGAGGCUGAGCGGCGCCAGUGGCGCCUCAGGAACCACCUGCAGCUGGCGGCCAAAGGUCCGCUCCGCCAAACCUUCGCGCAAAACCCCCUGAACCCCCCCAAAACGGCGCCCUCGGAACCCCCAAAAAGACCCUGGAAGGACACGCUGGGCUGAGGGCGGGAUGGGGGGGUCACCCCCAAAAAUAAAAAAGGCGCGAAACGAGACGCCAGAUUCAAUAA